AUGCCACCGAAAGGCCGUGGCAAUGAUGCCAAUGAUGCCGAUGACAACUCGCAAAGUCCACCCAAUGAGAGACGGCCAGGGUUACGAAGCCGAUCCAAGUUAAAGACCACAGCCCGCAACGACGACACCGUCCAACCACCCUCGUCUCCAAUCAACAGGCCCGCUGCGGCAGGAAGCUCAGCAGUACCAACCAAUGAGAUACAACAGAAAAUUAACGACAAGCAAAAGUCUCUUCAAAACGAACUUCAGAAAAUAAGAAAGGCGGCAGAAGACUCGGGCUCACGAGAGAAUCAACAGACACGCUUAAAGGCCACCAUAUCGUAUGAAGACUAUCUCUACUAUCAAACACCAGAGUACAGGAAGCAAUACCGCGAAGACAUCGAUGCCGCCGUCAAGGACAGAGCGAAACUAGCUUUUGCGAAAGGCCAUGCUCCUGCAAGACUGACGGAUGACAAAACGUACGACAAAAAACUAAGGAAGUACCUGAAGGACUUCGAAAAUAACGGAGUAGGUAUGCUCCAGAAUCUACAUUGGCAGAGCAUGCUGCCCGAUCAGCUACGUAUGCGUACUCCAAGGGCGGAAAGAUUCCCGGUGGGUCUAGGAGAAGAGUUUGGAGGGGUGUCAAUCGAACCUUACAACUUAUUACUCGACACCGACGCAAUCGAGAAGAAAAGAAAGGAGGUGGAAGACAAGAACAAAGAUCCCAAGAUGAGCGAAUCUCACUCCGAACGACGGGCACGCGAGACGGGGCUCUCGGAAGGACUACCGAUAGAUAGCCAUGUUAAGGACGCAUUAUCAACAUCCAAAGAUCUUGGCAGGACGCGACUGAAGAGUGGUCUGUUCAUUGCAGCGGGCGAGACAUGGGACGACUGGAAGACCUUGCACGAACGCGAAGCACCGGAUGGGCUUUACGACGAACUGAUCGAGGAGGAGAUGCCAGAUGAUGACAGCGACUCUAGUGACGAUGAGAACGACUUGUUUGCAAUCAGUUACCGCGAGUGCAGUGGUUUAGCAGGUUGUCCCCGUGGUGGCGGUGGUGGUGAUGAUGAUGAUGGCGGUAGUGAUGAUGAUGGCAAUAGUGAAAAGGGGGAAAAGAAAGACACCAAUGAUCCAGGAGCACCAGCCAACCCUGCUGGUGGGCCGCCAACUGGGUCCGAACCUCGACCUCAAUCGCCAAGAAAGAAAGCGAAAAAACAUGACUACACGCAAUACAAUCGCCCACAAGUCCGUACAGCUUUGAAGUAUCGAGAGCAAGCUCAGAGUGCUCAGUAUGUUACGGAGCUCCACAAGCGUGCUAAUGAUUAUGACGACAACCCGAAACAACCUGGUACUAUUCAUCACUAUAUCCUGAAGGAUCGGAGUGUCGCAAAUCGUCUUGAGAAAAGGAUUACUGAACUGGGUGAAGGUUGGUCGAAUGAAUAUAAAAAAGAACUCGAUGAGCAGAAUAAGAAUGGCGAACAAGUAGAUACUGACGUAUCCGAAGAGAACUCUCCCGCGUCAACCGGGAAGGGGAAAGCCGCCAGCAAGGCCUCUCUACGUCGACCGUGA